AAAAAAAAAAAAAAAAAAAAGUCCAAUUCAUUAUUCGCAGCCACUUGACCACGAACCAGCAGUCUCGCCUCGUGACCAAUUGAUUGCCCGCCAUGUUCCUCGCCGACAAAGUCGUUCUCAUCACGGGCGCCUCCAAAGGCAUCGGCCGAGCCGUUGCAGAGCGCGUGGCUGACGACGGCGCCAAGGUGGUCGUCAACUACCUGUCCGACAGCAAGUCUGCCGAGGAAAUGGUCGAGCGCAUUGGCAGUGACAACGCCUUGGCCGUACAGGCCGACGUGUCCAAGGUCGCCGACAUUGAGAGGCUCGUGGCUGCAGCGGUCGAGAAAUUCGGCAAAAUCGACGUGGUCAUGCCCAAUGCGGGCUACAUGGGCAUGAAGGACCUCGCGCACUCGACCGAGGCCGACUACGACCGGCACUUCGACCUCAACGUCAAGGGCGCGGCGUUCCUGGUGCAGAAGGCGGUGGCGCACAUGCCGACGAGCGGCGGGGGGCGCGUCAUCUUCGUGUCGUCGGGGCUCACGACGUCGACCAACGUGUCGCCGGCCUACGUCAUGUACGCGGCCAGCAAGGGCGCCGUCGACCAGCUGACGCGCGUGCUGGCCAAAGACCUGGCCCGCCGCAACAUCACCGUCAACGCUGUCGCCCCCGGCCCCACCGCCACCGAGCUCUUCUUCGACGGCAAGUGCGAGCAGCUCGUCUCGGCCAUCAAGGCCGCCAGCCCCUUCAACCGCCUCGGCGAGCCCGCCGAGAUCGCUAGUGUUGUUGCAUUUCUAGCCGGGCCAGAGAGUGCCUGGGUCUCGGGGCAGGUUAUUAGGGUGAAUGGCGCCAACAUGGUGUGAGAUGUGGCCGUGGGGGUGGAAGAGAUUUGUGUUUGGCAGACUAGAUAGGAUAGAUCUUGGAGGGCUGUAUUCUAUAGCCAUGUAGUAGCAGUCUGGGUUACACAGUAAGAUCGAGAAAUUAGAUGACAAGCUUUCCCCUUCA